UUUUUUUUUUUUUUUAAAUUUUGAAUUAUCCUUUCUUCAUUUCCUCUUGUCUCCGCCAACGCACUCGUCUCGCACCACCGACCGCGGGGCGGGGUGGAAAGCGCAGCCCGGCGUUCGCAUGCCGCAUCGGGCAAGUCUUAUAAUGCUAACGCCUCCCCCUCCCCCACGUGCGACGGUGCGAGAUGCAAUACAGAUUGGUUCGCGAUGGCGCAAUAACAUUCGAUGCUAACGACGACACGGCAUGGGCGUUUUGUCUGCACGCUUUCUUACGCUUCUCCUCCUCCUCCUCCUUCUUACCUUGCCCUUCGACCGUGAGUCCCUCCUCCUCUCGUAUCACACCAGACGGACGGACGGACAGAGGGAGAGGUCGCACAUUUCAGACUGCAGACGUUGGGCUUGGCAUCGGCGACGGGGGCGUCCACAAAUCAGUUGUGCCACGGAGGCGACGACGUGAUGCUGCUGCUGCUGCGGCGGCGGCGGUGUCUGCCUCGUGUAUGGUUUCGCGGCGUCCAUCUCGUCGUCGUUCGGACGAGGGCCCCCGCCCGUCCAUGGGAACCGGAGCUGGGCCAGCAAGACGAGGGCAGAUGGCAGCACGCAGACAUGGAAAAGAAGAAGAAAAAAGACAGUGGCGAUCAGCCCGAUCGUCCACUGGCUCUCCUCUGCAUACGAAGCUUCUUCCCAUCUUCCUCCUUCCUUCCUUUUUUUUCCGUCCCAGAAGAGCGUGAUUAUUAAUUCUUCCCCAAACCCCCGAAGGUCCUAUUGAACAUUAUCAUCAUCAAGACUG